AUUUAAAAGACCAAUCAUGAUGAUCAUAGGCUACAGGGCCAUUGCCCGGCCUACUUUCUCCCUUGUCAUUUGUGACGUGCCUGCCAUUUCCUUCUGUAAGCCUCAACUGUAUUCUUCUUCCAUGAAUGGAUGUAGAUUCAUGCGGUUUAGUUGUUCAGUUUCUGGUAGAACCGUUUCAUCUACUUCUCUAGACUUAUCUUUGUCCAAGGACAAUUCUGGUAAUGAAGGGCUUCAAAGGCAAAAGGCUUCUUCCUCUUUGUAUGCUCAUCCUAGUUUGUCACAGAUUAGGAGUGAGAAGGCAGCCAAUCGAGCCCCUGUUUAUGAUUUCUUGAGGGGAAUUGGUGUUUUCCCUGAUGAGCUUGAUGGAUUGGAGCUCCCUGUCACUGUAGAUGUAAUGUGCGAACGUGUGGACUUUCUUCACAGAUUAGGCCUCACUGUUGAGGAUAUAAACAAUUACCCACUGGUUCUUGGCUACAGUGUCAAGAAAAACAUGGUUCCCGUCCUUGAUUACCUCGGCAAGUUGGGUGUUAAAAAAUCUACGUUUACAGAAUUCUUGCGUAGAUACCCACAAGUCCUCCAUUCUAGUGUUGUUGUCGAUCUUGCACCGGUAGUUAAGUAUCUUCAAGGAAUGGAUAUCAAGCCAAAUGAUAUUCCUCGGGUUCUGGAGAAGUAUCCUGAAGUAUUGGGGUUUAAGCUGGAAGGCACCAUGAGUACUUUAGUGGCUUACUUGGUUGGAAUAGGGGUCGCAAGGAGAGAAAUUGGUGGGCUACUAACUAGAUACCCCCAAAUAUUAGGAGUGAGAGUUGGCCGUACAGUCAAACCAUUUGUGGAUUAUCUAGAAAGCUUGGGAAUACCACAAUUAGCCAUAGCUAGACUAAUAGAGAAAAGACCUUUUAUUCUUGGAUUUGGACUUGAAGACAGGAUCAAGCCAAAUGUUGAGUCCCUUUUAGAGUUCAAUGUUAGGAAAUCGUUGCUUGCAUCUGUCAUUGCACAGUAUCCUGAAAUUAUAGGAGUAGAUGUUCAAACAAGACUUUGCACUCGAAGGGACUUUCUUAAUUCAAUCAUCCAAUUGGAUCCUGUUGGUUUUGGGAGAGUUGUAGAGAAGAUGCCACAGAUUGUCAGCCUCAAUAAUACUGCCAUAUUGAAGCAUUUGGAUUUCCUCAAGGAAUGCGGAUUUUCCUUGGAACAAGUGAGAAAGAUGGUGAUGGCCUGUCCCCAACUGCUUGCUCUAAAUCUUGAUGUCAUGAAAGUAAGCUUUGAUUACUUCCAGGGAAAAAUGGCAAGACCGUUGGAUGACUUGGUUUCUUUCCCAGCCUUUUUCACUUAUGGUCUUGAGUCAACUAUUAAACCAAGACAUGCAAUGAUUGGAAAGAAGGGUUUGAAAUGUUCUCUUGCUUGGUUCCUUAAUUGUUCUGAUGAGAAAUUUGAGGAGCGGAUGACAUAUGACACUAUUGACAUGGAAGAGAUGGAAGUUGAGUCAUCAUUUGACAUGAACUCUUUACUUGGUACUAGAACAGUGGUACCAAUUUCUGCAAUUUCUGCAAAUAGGUACUUUGGUCUGCAAUUUCUGGCUGGCUUGGCCUGUAAUGGCUACAUAGGAAUUCUCCUAUCUGUUUCAAAUCCAGGAGUAACAGCAGGACUUCAAACCUUGCUUGGGUGUGUUGAUGCUAACAUGCAAGACCUUUUAAAGGCAGUAGAGAAAUUCCUUGGUUUGCAUUAUCCGGAUCAAGUUGCUCUUAAAAGAUUAUAUAUGGUUGGUGGUGCUACUUCUAGAAUUUCAGCUCUUGUUGCUCAGCUAAAACAGAAGAAUCAGCAAGCUUUGCCAUUUUCUUAUACUACUUGCUUGCUGCGAAUUGCCAAAUAUCAAUCCGAAGACUUUGUUUGGAAGCUUGGAACUUUGUUCGACAUCCUUGAGGACAAGGAUUGUUUAAGGGGGAGGCUCUGUCAUGGAGUAUGA